CAAUCGAUGGACAAAACAGCUGUGAACUGUAAGCCGGUCCAAAUUUGUUUUGAGAUAAAAUGGACUUUCAGCGAAACGAUGCUAUGCUAAUGGAAAUUCUGCAGGAUAGGAAAACUAUUACCGGAUUUUUGGACUCCAUUUUCGGUUUUCUGCGGCGCAACACCGAUUUUUACCACACAAAGCGUAAUGAAGCAGACAAAAUAGGCUUCCCCAAAAGCAUGAGGGAUCAGAUUCUAUAUGGCGCCAUGCAGCGCUACGAUCCGGAUUGCUGGCUCCAAACCAUGACCGCCGAAGAUGAAGCCGCAUGUGACGAUGGCGAAACUGCUCCCCCUGCCAUUGAUGAAGUGGUCUUGAAAAGUGAAGAUGUAGUCCAGAAGGAAGAUAAACGUCCCAUAAGAAACGGCCUACAACCAAAAACCAAAGAGCAGGCCACAUUCUCGCCCAGUGACUACAGAAAUGGAGCUGUAUUCAAAGCCCAUUGCUGGUCGCAGACCCUGAAAGAUGUGGAAAUUCAGGUUCACCUUCCCAAAGACCUUCAAGCAGCAAAGAAGCUCAACGUUUUAAUCAAAGCCCAGCACAUAAAAGUAACCAACAAACUAGUUCCUGAGUUAGUAAUCCUCGAGGGAGACCUCAGCCAGCGGAUCAAACAUAACGAGGCUGUAUGGACCAUUGAUCAGAACCGCUUGCUUAUGAGUUUUGAUAAGGCCAAGGAACUCUGGUGGGAACGUCUCUUCGAAGGGGAUCCAGAUAUCGAUGCUAAGAAAAUUGAGUGCGAACGCUAUAUAGAUGAUUUACCAGAGGACACCCAAGCCACCAUUGAAAAGCUUCGUAUCCAGCAAUUGGAAGCGGAUAAGAAGCAAAAUGAAAUCCAGACCUCAAACCCCGAACAAAUUAAAACUCUGGAUCGUUUAAGAACGGCUUGGGAUGCUGAAGGUUCCCCCUUUAAAGGACAGCCUUUUGAUCCUUCUAUUGUAAGAAUGAGUUAGGUUUUAGUAAAAAUGACAUAAUAAGCUAAGAUUUGUGGUAAGUGGUAGUAAUUUUUAGUGGCCGACAGUAAAAAAAUUCUGACCUCAAAUUACAGAUUUUUAUAAUGUUCGGAUUCCAAUUGCUUAAA